AGGAGGGUACGUGGUGUGGGAGGAGGGGUAGUUGAACAUCUUGCAGCCAUAACUUUAGUAUCAUUGACCAUGAUGUGUUUAAAUACAAGAUUUGGUUGGGACCAUAAUUUAUCAUUUAUCGCCUUUGGACUAUUGUCCUAGGUACAUUAUUAUCUAUUGUACUUUCAUUGCUUGUAUGUUAUUUCAAUGAAAGAUAUUCCCUCCUCCAUGGUAUUAGGCCAAAAUUAAACAAUUGAGAGACGAGGAUCGAGCAUAGUCGAGCAGGCACUGCAUUGGUUAUUGCUUGUAAUCGUAUGAUGUGCUUAGAUCAGAAAUUUGACCCUUUGCUGUCUAACUACCGUAGAAACUGGAUUAUUAGCGCUUACUCGACUAUAAGACUAUCUUUAUUUUAAGCGCAUGCUCAACUGCAGGCUUUUUAUACUCGAAUUGAAGCGCUUUUCCAAUUAUGCGACGGUUAUUAGUGACAUUUUAGAAUUGACAUUUUGUUUAUCUAUGAGCUAGUUAGCUUGUACAGUGCAUGAUAGCUAUAUAGCUGGUGAUAUCCGGACUCUCUGGGCAUGCUGUUACCUUGUCUGAUCAUGCUGAGACAUGGAUGAGGUCCUUUUAUUCCAAGUUCCUGGUCAAUAUGAAUGUUUUUAUAAUAUGAAUUUCAAUGAUGUAAAUGAACUGCAACAUAAUAGUAUGAUAUAGAUCCAGUUAGGGUUGCCUGCUUUCCUUGCUUGCUCACUUUCUAGCCAGCUUGCGAGUCAGCACUCGUCACGGAGACAUCCGGUUGCUGGGUGGGGCUCAAAAUGACUGCAUUAUAGGUGCAUUCUCGAUUAUAAGCGUAUAGAGCUCUGCUAUUGACCCCAAAAGCGCAUGCGCUAAUAAUCCAGUUUCUACGGUACAUAUAUUUACUUCGUUCUGGCAAGAAUCGAGUGUCAGUACUAGUGCUAUUUUAUUUAUCAACGCUCGCAAAGUUCACAUAUUUUUGAUGCUCACUUUCCUAGUCAGCAGUGCUAUUGCUAGCGCCUUGUUAGUGAGUCUGACAGAAUGCUCCUGUGUACAGUCUAUUGGAACUCGUGACUAUAGUUACAUGUAUAGAUAAUGACAUUUUUGUUGCUAAGGAACAACCACCACAAUGUAAGGUAUUCCGUGGUAUUGUAACCAUAGUUACUAAUGAUGCAUGUGGUCCGUGAAUAUCUACUCUGCACAUGAUCACACACACACAACAAGCACAUCAUCACCCCAUAUCUUUUCUAGCCUAGCUUUAAUAAACUGUACACCUAUACUUUGCUAUUAACAAGCACUAGCUAUGGCUGAGAGACAAGACCGUGAACAAGAGUACAUAUUCAGAAAUGUUCAACUCUUCAAGAAUGAUACCCUUGGUACUGGCUCCUACGGGGCAGUGUGUAAAGCCAAGUGUGACCAGCUACUCUGUGCUGCCAAGCUACUCUAUCCAGUGCUCUUCCAAAUAGCUGUUCCAGAUCCUGGCAAAGAACACAGACACCCGUUUAGAAGAUUCGAAACAGAGUGUGCAUUUCUGAGUCGUAUCAACCACCCCAACAUUGUACAGUACUUGGGGACCUAUCGCGAUCCUGACACAAAUGCACCAGUUCUUCUCAUGGAGCUCAUGGACGAGAGUCUGACACACUUCCUGGAGUCAUCACCUGGAGACAUUCCCUACCACAUCCAAGUCAACCUCUCCUAUGACAUAGCUCAAGCACUUGCCUUUCUCCACUCCAAUGGGAUCAUCCAUCGCGACCUCUCCAGCAACAAUGUCCUACUCAUUGCAGGCACUCGAGCCAAAGUCACCGAUUUCGGAAUGUCCAAAUUCAGAGACAUAAAUGUCAGCCGACUAGCCACAAUGACCACAUGCCCGGGAACACCAGCCUUCAUGUCUCCCGAGGCACUAAACGAACCACCAGUGUACACAGAGAAACUAGACAACUUCUCAUUUGGUGUGCUUCUAGUUCAGACCACAACUCGACAGUUUCCAAAGCCAACAGAUCGAUUUGAGAGUGUUCAAAUUCCAGCUCCACGAAAUCCCUCUCGCAUAGUUGAAGCCAAAGUAGCAAUCCCAGAACUGGAAAGACGUCAAGCUCACAUGAUCCUGAUUGAGCCCACCCACCCUCUACUGCCGAUUGCUCGUCACUGCCUCAAAGACAGAGAUGUUGAACGACCAUCUUCCCAACAGCUUUGCCAAACACUGGAUGCUCUCAAGAGGACACCACGGUACCAGGAAAGCUCCCAACAAGACCUGCACCAGAUGCUCAGAGAGAAAGAUGAACAACUACAAGCAAAUCAACAGAUUAUCACAGAAAAAGACACACAGCUACAAGCAAAUCGAGAGACAAUAAUACAAAACAACGAACAAUUACACACAAAAGACAUUGAAAAUGGUCAACUUGCUACAGAACUAGCACAAGAAAAACAAGGAAAUCAAACCCUCCAACAUGAGGCUGAAGCCAGGGAGAGACAGCUGAGGAGACUCAACCAAGAGUUGCAAUCAAGGGAGGAGAACACUGCUGCCCUCCAACAAGCCAUCGAUCAACGAGACAGAGAAGUGACUCAACUGAGACAAACGUUGGCAAGCAAGAACGAAGAAUCUCAUGAUCUAUCGACUCGAAUGCACCAAGUCGCACUGCAAGAUGAGCAAGCUACACCAAUGAAACCUGUUACAAUAGAGUCACUACCUGAUGCACUUGAUGGUAUUGGGUAUGGAUCAUCAGCCGUGAUUGGGGACAAGGCAUACUUUAAUUCAUACGGAAGUAAAACUGUUUAUGAGUUCAGCAACAAUCAGUGGCACAAGUUACCACCUUGCCCUAACAACCGCUUCACUAUUGUCAGUGUUGAUGACAUGCUCACAACUGUGGGGGGAUAUUCAGACACACAAUACUAUAGUGACAAACUCUACAGCUACAUUAACAACAAAUUGGUCGAACACUUCCCUCCCAUACCAACCGAACGGUGGACACCUGGAGCUGUGUACGCUAACAACACACUUGUAGUGGCUGGGGGAUUUCGUGAUUCAAAUUUAAAUACAGUCGAGAUAUUAAACACUGCUAACAUGCGAUGGUCUAUUGUUAGCUCACUACCUGUGUCAACCACUCAGCCAUCAACAACGAUCUGUGGAGACUAUGUGUACAUACACCCACAAACUGAUAAUGGUCAAGAGAAGUAUUCAGUGUACAGAUGCUCAUUAAGACAACUAACUCAGUCCCCGCCAAGCUCAGCUAUAUGGGAGAAGAUUGCCCCUUUGCCAGUUAGCUAUUCCUCUCUUGUUACCAUCAAAGGCCACCUGCUGGCAGUGGGUGGGCGGGACUCCUAUAAAGGGUGGUUUUCCAAUGGAAAUAAAACUAAGAACAUAUAUCAGUACAACGAGACAUCAUGGACUGUCAUUAGUCAAAUGUCAACACCUCGAUCACGAUGCCUCACUGCUGCCCUCCCUUGGAACAAACUGAUGGUGGUGGGUGGAGAUGAUACAAGCAGAAAAUGUGAACGUGAUGGCGGAGGAGCCUCUCAGGCGGUCAAGAAGGUCAAGAGUGUAAUGGGCACUGAUGGUGAUCUGCGUAAACUGAAACUGAGCAAAGCAAAGAAUCUACUCAGAAACUUCGGAGUAGCAGAAGAGGAGAUUGAUAAGAUGUCUCGAUGGCAAGUGGUGGAUCGUGUGAGGGAACUAUCCACCAAGGCCGUCAAGUCUGGGGGGGAGGGACUGGACAUGAAGAGCCUCAAGUUUGCACGAGGAGCAAGGUUCUCUCAGAUGGAGGCUCAGGAGCGCUACAGGGAGGAGUGCCAGAGAAUAUUCGACCUCCAGAAUGAGGUGCUGCGGAGCAAUGAUGUGCUGUCCACAGAUGAGGAGAGCAGUGGAGGUGAGAGUGACGAUGAGUUAGGUCGUGACCUAGAGACACUCUUAAGAGGCAGCAAGACCACCUCUCAGUUGACGAGGGAACAAGAGGAAGCAGAGAGACUAGAGCUCAAGAAGCUCAUCAUGGGAGACAAGAAGGACCCGGCUAGUGAGAGAGGCACGCCUAUAGUAGCUGACCUUGAUGACACCUCAUCAGUCAUGAGCUUCUCCUCUGGUAAUGGUCGGCGUCUGAUAAUCUCCCGAACCUUCAGAGAUGAAGAUGGAGCAGAGUAUGUCAGGGACGAGGUGGUCAAGAGGCAGGAUGUGAUUGAUGCGUACGUCCGCCUCUCCAAUGAUAUGAGGUCAAAGUUCAUCGAUCAAGACGAGCAAACGAGAGAGGACAUGAGAAAAGAGAAGAGGAAGAUUCAAGACGAGCUGAGGAGACUCAACAAUAUGAAGAAGAGGAAAAAGAAGCAACCCAAACCCAAGCCACUCACAACCAUCAAUAUGAAGUGCAGUGCUUGUGGACAACGUGGGCACAUGAAGACCAAUCGCAACUGUCCAGCCUUCAACCGUAGCGUUGCCGUGGCACCCACUGACCAAGAGUUGGAGCAACACGAGGCAGAGCUCUCAUCACAAUCUGAUAUCGUUAAAGUGGAGGGUACAAAGGUCAUCUUGAAUCGUGCAGUAGUUGAGAGAGUGGCAGAGUUUCGUAGAAAAUCUCUUUUGCUCAAGUUCCCUAAAGAUGCGAUGAGGAAGAGACGCAGAGGACCACAAGAUGAGGAUCUGGACUACCUGGAGACACGCAAGUCUGUGCAGCGGAGGAAAACUAGCCCAGAGGUGCCCUUUGUUGACCACUUGGAGAAGAUACUCCAAACACUCAUUGCUAUACCAGAGUCCUACCAUUUCCGUAAGCCCGUUCAACCGAAGAUAGUACCAGACUACUACAAUGUCAUCAAGUUCCCCAUGGACCUACAGACCAUGAGAGAUCAUUGUCGUCAUCACGUGUACAAGUCCAGGGAUGCCUUCAAGGAGCACAUUAACCUCAUCGUCACCAACUGUGUCACUUAUAAUGGCUCAACCUCUGAUGUAACUAAACACGCCCACAAGAUGGCCGCCGCAUGUGAACAAGAGUUGAAGACGCUCGAGAAAGAGUUGGAGCAACUGGAGGCUGAGAUUAACCCUGUGCUGGACGAUAAUGCCGUUGUCGCUCUUUGUUACCUCCUCAGCAAGUCCGUGGAUGUUAUGAAGAGUGUUGAUCAGACGUGGCCGUUCCAUCAUCCAGUGUCUGCUAAGAAGAUCCCCGACUACCACAAGAUCAUCAAGAGUCCAAUGGACCUUCAAACCAUGAAGAAAAACUGCAGUGGUCGCGUGUACACUGCAGUGGACCAGUUUGUUAUGGACCUGAACCAAGUUGUGGAGAACAGCAUCACUUACAAUGGACCCUCCUCUGCAUUCACUCAGACUGCUAAGACUAUGAGGGAGGCUGGGCUCAAGUAUCUGGAGGAGAAUGUUGAGAUGAUAUCAACAUUUGAGGACCGUAUCCAGGAGAGUGAGAUGGUGUCAGGUGGAGGUGAGGAUGAGCUGCUCUACCAGGACCUACAACACUCUGACUCUGACUCAGACUCUCACUCAGAGGAUGAGGAGGAGGUGGACAAUGUGCAGCUCUAGCAUAGUGGAACACUGGGACACUUUACAUUUAUUUCACAUUCACAAUCAGCAUGUUCAAUAUUAUUAUUUUGUCGACUACA